AUGAAUCCGAGUCAUGAAAAGACUGGUGCUCAUAAAAAAGUAUUCAAGUGUUCUGUGAAAGGAUGCACAUCGAUAUCUUCUAAUUCUGACGGAGUGAGUUAUCAUCGAUUUCCAAAGAGCAAUCGAUUCUUUGUUAAAAGGUUGGAUACUGGUGGAAAAAUUGAUAUUGAUCGUUACGAAGAAUGGAAAUCACGAUGCAAAAUUGAUAAAGUAACCACAGCAACAAGGGUUUGCAGCUUGCACUUCGGACGAGAAGAUUUUUCAUUGCCAGAUUUCGAGAGUAAACGAUGUAGAUUAAAUCCAUAUGCAGUGCCGAGUCGAAAUUUGCCUCACGAUGAUGAGGGUUUAGAAGCUGAUAAAAGUGUUCAAGUUAAAAGUGGGGACAUAUUGACACCGUUCACAUCGUGCAUAAUAACUGAUCGUCACUUGAAUGUUAUAUGUGGUAUUCGAAAACAUGCGAUUCUCACGAAAAUCGUAUCAUUAGUGUCUGAAUUAUAUCCAGAAAGUAGGACUCGAAAAAUGAGUUUGAAGGAUCGUGUUAUUUUAACUAUAAUGAAAUUAAAACUGGAUUUGACAUUCUCUGCUCUAUCUAUUAUGUUUAGAUGUGUUGAAGAAUCGAUCUGCCGAUACAUUUUUCAUGACACAUUACGAAAACUAGCCCAAAUACUUCGAUGUGUGAUUCGCUGGGUGCCUAAAGACGAAAUUCAAAGGAAUAUUCCACAAUGUUUUGAAUAUUUCAAGGACACUGUGGUUAUAGUAGACUGUACUGAAUUUAAAAUUCAAAGACCGAAACGUUUACAAUGCAGGAUCAAGCUAUAUUCACAAUAUAAAUCAAAUUUCACAGCUAAAUUCAUGACAGGAAUAACUCCAGGGGGCAUGUUGACAUUCCUGAGCAAAGGAUAUGGAGGCCGAGCAUCUGACAAGACGAUAUUCGAGCAGAGCAACAUUAUUAAUUUUCUAGAGAAGGAUGAUGCUGUUAUGACAGAUAAGGGUUUUCAGAUUGAGGAAAUUUGUAUGAAACGAGGCGUUAAGUUAUACAUACCACCAUUCUUAAAAAAGAAAAAGCAAUUUUCUCCAGAGGAAGCUACUUAUAAUCGCUUCAUUGCUGCAGCUCCAGUUCACGUAGAACGAAUGAACCAAAGGAUUAGAGAAUUCGGGAUCCUACAGAAUCAGAUCCCUUGGAAUUUAGGCUCUCGUAUUGACGAUAUUGUUAUUGUAUGUGCAGGGUUAGCGAAUUUAGGAACACCAAUUUUGGAGGUUGAUAAAUUUAUUUAAAAACAUAACUGAAAUCAGAUAACAUGACAAAAUAUUUAUGUAACUUGAAAUCGAAAUUAUCAUUUUUUAUACGAAUCUUGGAACUGCUUUUUUUUACAUAAAACAUGCAACAUUUUUGUAAAAUACACGUCUUUCAAUUUAGCAAGUAAAUCAUUCACAAAUCGUGCAUUGUACUUCACUGUAACAACUUUGAUAUCAUCCACUUUUUGACAAUAAAUUAUUA